AUGGCGGCCGAUCCUGCGGCACAGCGUCAGUUCUUGAAAGAUAACGUCGAUGCUGACUUUAUCUUCCUUCUGGAAGAGCAUGGUGUUGACUUAGCGUUGCAGUAUGCCAUUGGUCAGCACUACAAAAGCAUCAGGACGUUUGCUGCUUUUGCCGAUGAUAGGGGGGCGGCUCGGACGGCCAUCACUUCUGACUUCGGCGUUCGAGCUGAGAGUGCUGCGGAUCGUGCUCGGAUGGCAUGUGUCAUCACUUCUUGGGAAGCUGCAAAAUUGAUUCGCGAGGAGGAAGCCAAGCUUCGUGCUGAGGCUAAGGUGUUGGGUGUCCAGAAGCCCCUCGUCUCGUCCGAUCGAGCGGCUAUGCGUGCUGCCUUGGAGACGGUAAGGGGUUACUCUGUUCCAGAAUCUGAGGAGCCUGCACCUGAGUAUCUCGCACACAAGCUUGAGCAGAUUGAGAAUGGCGAGCCUACCGCUAGUUAUCUUGAUGAGGUGAUUUCGCGUAAGGAGUCCAACUCUUUGCAGCUUCAAACUUCACUGGACAAUCAGGGCCGCCUUCGGGUUAUGCGCCAGAAGCCCAAGGGAAAACUCCCGCAGAACACGGAGGAGCUCCGGGCGAAGAUCAGGCUCGAGGCUUCAACUUGGGUGAUGUUGGCCGCGAAAUGCCGUGGUCGUGCUUAUUUGCAGGGAUUGCAGUUGUCACAUUUUGAUCGUUUCUUAGAAUAUCUUCUGGGAGACAAGUGCUACAGCAUGCAAGUCGCAUCGGCGGCUCCCAUGAGUUCUUCUGCACAUGCUGAUCGUCACACUUUGUCUGUGCCCUGGAAUAUCUUGCUUCAGUAUGAGUUUGAGCUUCGCAAAUGGGCUAUCAAGGAGGCGCAUCGUUCGAGUGCUCCGCUGGGGGACAAGCUGCAUGAGGCGACCACCAACACCGAGCUCAAGGAGCUCCAUUUUACGUCACAGGUGGCAUUGUCUCGACGCUCGGGCGGCGCCGACCCUCCCCCGCCAAAGUGGCCUCGCAAAGGUGACGGCAAGAAGGGGGACAAGGGCGGCAAGGACAAAGGUGGCAAGGAUGGAAAGGGCAAGGCCGAUGGCAAGAUCAAAAUCGGCGAGUCAUGGUUCGAUCUGGUGUCAAAGACGCCGGAUGGGCGUGAGUUGUGCUACGCUUACAACAUAAAGCGUGGGUGUCAGGUCAAGGGCUGUCAGCGAGUUCACGCGUGCAGAGCGGAUGUUCGCGCCGGGCUGGAGGUCUUAUGCACGUCACAGAACAUCCUUUUGGAGAUGUCCGAAGUCGACAUCUGCCGUGACCCAAGUAUGGAUCUGUUGGACUCUGCAGUGGCUGAUCGGUGCUUGCUUCAAGUCCAAAAUUCGGAAUGGGACGUGGUCUUGGUGACUCCGCCCUGCAAUACCUUUUCUCGGGCACGAUGCGUACAGCCGGGUCCUCGGCCACUGAGAUCACGUAUUUACCCUGCGGGUUUUCCUUGGCUUUCGGACUCACAUCGUGCUGCAGCGGAUAACGGCAAUCAGUUCGUUUCUUUCUCUUUUCAGAUUUGCACAGCUGCGCUUUCGAAUUCUAUUCCUUUUCUGUUGGAACACCCAGAAGACCUGGGUAUGACAACCACCGGUCACACACCGGCAUCUAUCUGGCAACUUCCAGAAGCUGCUGCACUUUUUACGCACGAGCAGGUCGGGACUUUUGCGAUCUAUCAGUGCCACUACGGAGCCCACACGCCUAAGCCCACCAGGUUUCUUUCUUCUAUCACAGCCACAUUUGGCAUGCGAUUCAUGGGGCCUCCUCGUUUUGAUUCUGCGGACAAAUAUCUGGGGCCUCUGCCCAAGUACUGUGGUCACCGACACUCCAAUCGUCUUUUGGGUGCCGCCAACACUGCUGCUGCUGCCGCUUAUCCGCCUGAUUUAUGCAAGGCUAUCGCUUCCUGGACCUUCUCCGUCUUCGAUGGGGGAGGAGGUGCACCCUCGGUGGCUACGGUUCCUGAAUCUGCUCACUGCUUUCAGUUCCCGGCUAGGGAGGUUGAGGUUAGAGUGAAUUCUUCACAAGCGGAGCAAUUGGCUGCAGUUUGCUUGGGAAAGGGUCGGAUCUCUCGGGAUCAACUUCUCCGCCUUUCAGAGCUACUGCCGGAUGAGGACCGGCUUUCUCCUGCCGACCGGGACAAACUUGGAUCCAUGUACUUCGAGCUUCCGGGCAAACGUAAGAGGGGAUCUGCUGAGUUCUUGAUCGACACGGAGGAGGCCACUACUGUACCUGAGCAGGAUGACAUUCCAUUCAGUGAACUGAAGUCUGGUUGCGAAGGACCACCGAUGGUGGGGGACUUUGCUGGGUCCUCGGAUGAGUUCGUCGAUGGGUUUGGUCGCUGCUCCCCUGGUCGAUGGAAGCCAUGCAACCGGGGCACGGCGAUGUCCGCUGAAGCCUUGGACUUUGCGCAGCGCUUGAAAGAGAGGGUCAGGAUGUUCGUCGUGGAAUGUGUUCCGGACUUGGCGAAGUCGACUUUUCGUCUGGCGACGGGACACUGGAACGGGCCGCUCUUUGAUCAGAGUCGCUUGGAAGAACUGAGGGAGGACUGGUUCAACAUGCUGCCGGAUCCCAUCCGGGCUCGAGAGAUGAUUCCUCAUCAACCCUUCUUCUUGAGGGCGAUUGCUCAGACUCUUCGGAUUCUUGGAGACCCAGACUAUCGCAUCAUCGAGGAGGGGAAGUUCUGCUUCGUGAACGGUGUCGAGGUGGGGCACACGGCGCCAUUGGGGCCAGUGCCGCAGGUGUUCCGGAUCCGCAGAAAAGAUCAGAAGUAUGACGAGUCAACUUGGCAGCCGUUGAUGCAGAACUACCGUGAUGGGGCUGAAGUCGAGAAGGCCUUGGAGGAGGCUUUCACCAAAGAAGAGGCGGAAGGACGCAUGUUCCCUCUUUCUUUGGCUGAGGCGAAAACACGCUUCCCUGGGCCUGCGCUUCGCAUUGCCGCUCAAGCCGUGAUUCCGAAACCUGACCAUGAGUUCCGUGUGGUCCAUGAUGGGACCCACGGGGUUCACGUCAACAAUGAGAUUGUUAUGCUUGACCGUCUUGAAUCGCCUGGACCGAGAGAGAUCUCUUCCAUUCAGAAGCUGGGCAUGGUGGCAGAAGAGAAAGUCUUGUUCGGGCUCGUGGGAGACGUGAAGAAGGCGCACAGGCGAUAUUUGCACCAUCCAGAGCAUUGGGGGGUGCUCGCUUGUAGGACGAGGAGCGAUUCAUCAGUUGUAUGGCUUAACCGCGCAGGAACUUUCGGAAUUGCUUCGGCGGCCUAUUGGUUCGCCCGCUUGAUCGGUCUGGUGGGUCGCUUGUCUCUCAGAGUUAUGCUUCAGGCUUUUGUUUUCAUGCUUAUAUAUGCAGACGACUUACACCUUCUCAGCGGCGGUUCGGAUCGAUGGCUCAACCUCUGGAUGUCCCUUGCGCUUUUGUGUAUGCAGGGUACACCCUUCUCGGAGAAGAAGUGGCGCGGGGGACUGCAGCUUGAUUGGGUCGGUUACUGGAUAGAUUAUGGCCGCUUUAAGCUUGGGAUUUCGGAGAAGAGAUGCCAAUGGAUCAUUCGAUCGAUUGAGGGCAUGGAGGGAGACGGCUGGCUCGUGGACGUUCGCCGUUUUCACGAACUCCAUGGUCGGCUAGGCUUUAUGUCGCAAAUCCUGGUAUGGAUCAGACCCUUCCUUGCGCCGGGCUACGCAUGGCUAGCGGUGGUCAGCAAAGGUGCUGUCUUGGCACUGCCCAACUUGAUCCGAUGCACUCUGCGAUUCAUUCUUGAUCGGCUCCGCGCGGGCUCACGAACGUAUCCUGCGGGGCUGGCGGAUAAGGAUUAUGGGGAGCUCUUCAGAACCGACGCUGCCUGCAACUCGGACUCGGUGGUGCUAGGCGGUUGGUUCCUUGUCAGGGGUGUUGUCUGUAAGUCCGCUCCUUGGUUUCAGAUUACGCUUCGUCGUGAAGAAGCUCCUUGGCUCUUCAAGGAAGGGCUUGGGAGCUCCUGGGCCAGUACCUCUGCUGAACUGCUAUCCUCACUCGUGGCGCUUUAUCUGCUGGAGAGGGAUUUUCCCGACGUGUUUUCAUGUCCUGGUUCCUUUAGGGCCUGCUUUGCUGGUGGAACAGACAACAAGUCGGCGGAUGCCAUCUCUGCCAGGCUUCUUACGACAAAAGUACCUGUGAUGUUUGUGCUGAUGGAAUACGCUCACCGCUGCGAUUCGGCAGGGGUCAGAUGUCUCUUGAAUUGGAGGCCGCGUGAUGCGAAUCAGGAGGCGGAUAGAAUCACGAAGAAUGAUUUCUCAGACUUCUGUGCGAACCUUCGGGUCGCUGUCAGCUGGAGUGAGUUGAACUUCUCAGUGCUUCCGUCUUUACUUCGAUUCGCAAACUUUCAGAGCACUCUGGAGGAUGUGCGUGCUUCUGCUUCGGGCGAAGGACAGGUCACUUCUCGUAUCCGUUUCGAGAAGAGUCAGUGGGGCUGA